UAGCUUAUUGUACGCAAAGGAGCGCUACUUCUGGGUUGUGGUGGGCGCCGUUUGUCUGAUUCUCCCUCCCUCCUUCCUGAGCAGUUUUGUUUAAAUGAGCCGCCGCUGUUUUAGUGUUUAAUUGUCGAACUUGUGGUCGAGGAGGUUUUACUAAAGUGACCCAGAUGGAGGCGGGGGACUGUGCCUUCCCCCGGGAGCCGUCGGAGCCCUCGCAGCGAGGAAGUGUGUCCUCCUCCGGCCUCCGUGGUGAGACCCCCACCCAAUUUCACGAGCCUGCCCAGGAUGUGCUGAUAUACCUUGUGGGGGAUAGUGCGGUGCACCUAUGUGUGGAGGGAGUGGCCUGCAUGACCGUGCAGGAGUUGGGCCGAAGUGUCCGCGAGGCCCUCCACAUCCCGGACUCAGCCCAGGAUGCUUUUGCCUUCUGGCUGUGCUCGCCACUGCUUGAGCUGCAGCUGAAACCAAAGCAUCAGCCCUACAAGCUGUGUCGCCAGUGGCAGGAUCUGCUGUAUCGCUUCACCGAAGCUUCAGAGGACAACAUCUCACAGGAUGAGCCAUGUCUGCAGUACAGAAGGAAUGUGUUCUUUCCCAGAACCAAAGAGCUGCAGAUAGAAGAUGAAGGUGUACUGAGGCUUUUGUAUGAGGAGGCCAAGGAGAAUGUUUUAGAGGGCCGGUACCCCUGUGACCCAGAACACUGGCUGAGACUUGGGGCGCUGUCCUGUGCCUUGGACCUGGAGCAUGGCAUAGAUAUUCAUAAAGCAGCGUCUGCCAUCCGAGAGAAGAAGUUGUCGUCCUUCCUGCCAGGCCAUGUCAUUGGCAGUUCAGGGGGCCUUUUCUCAGCCCUGAGGGGCAAAGGGGGGCGCCAGGCUGAGCUGGAGCAGAGCCUAUUGGAGGAGUACCAAGCAGUUUGCAAGAGUGCCACGAGCAACAGCCAGUCAAUCCCCACUUACUUCCUGCGCCAGUACCUCAGCACCUGUCACACACUGCCUUACUAUGGGUGUGCCUUUUUUUCGGGAGAGAUUGACAAGCCACCUCAAGGGAUCCUUCAGAGAGGGGGACGCAAGACUGUCAGUGUGGGUAUCAGCCUGGAGGGGGUAUAUGUCAUCGAUGUUAAAGAGAAGCAUGUUCUCCUGGGCUUGCGUUACUGUGAACUCUCCUGGGACCACAGCUACCCAGAAGGGGAAGGUGAUUCUCACAUUCUGUGGCUUGAGUUUGAUGGAGAGGAGGCUGGCACCCCUGUCAACAAGUUACUGAAGAUUUACUCCAAACAGGCAGAGCUCAUGAAUGGCUUGAUCGAGUUCUGUGUAGAACUGCGGGCCAUGGGUGAUGCGGCAGCGACUGGCACUGAUGGAGAGCUCUCCCCAUCCCAGCAGCCAGCUGGUUUGACCGGGACAGCCAGCAGAAUGAGGGGUGGGCAGCGGGGGAAGCUGCGGAGGCAGAGUAGUGUGGUGUGCAGCCGGGUUCACUCCCUCAGCACCAUAAGUUAUGUGGACGAUGGGAAAGAAAUCAAACGCCUGAAGCCAAAACGAGCCGCUUCCUUCUUCAGCCGCCAGCCACCACCUCCUCCUCCUGCUUACUCUGCUGUCCAGGUGACAGAGAGUUUGGAGCAAGGGUGAGACUCUGAAACCCUGCCCCCAUCCACCCACUGGCCAGAGACCAAAUGCGAAUGAAACGCAAUUUGUACACUGAAAUCUAGACAAAAAUGAGAGUGGGGAAAGAAGUAGUAGUGAAAAUAAAUGUUUUUGUAAUGGACCAAGAGGUGUGAGAAACUACAAAUGCAUUUGCUAAUUUGUAUAUACAGUCAGAUUACAUUGGCAUUCAAAACCUAAUUUAUUUCCAUGAAGUGUCUGGAGUGAGGCAUGGUCAUUGUUUCUGACUUCUUGACGUAGAUGUUUGAACGAUAUAACACUUGUCAUCUAGAGCAGUGGUCAGUGUACUAUGAAGACACAGGAGAGGGAACUGAAAGCAAUCCAAAUCUAUAUAUUAAAACUGGUCGUGCAAUUUCCUAUGAAAGAAGGCGGUGCUUGGAUAUCUGGCUGUCUUUGGCCACCUUUCUCACUGCACCAGCUGCACAGUGCCUCUUCCUGUCUCCUCCAUCAUGACCUGUACAUGCUACAACCUGCCCAUGCAAAUGGUUUUCCCUGGAAGCACCUGCUUCCUGUGUUUGUACAAACAGGCUUUGUUUAUUAAACUGUACUUAUUCACUUAAUGUGCUGAACUACAUUUCAGUGUAAAGUGUGCUGGAUACUUUUUAGAAAAUUGGUUUUUUUACAGCUUGCAUGUAGAGCCCAGAAAUGUGUUUAAUAAAAUACUGGUAUAUUGGCAGAGAUGGGAUUGAGCAGCAUUUAGUUUUUGCUGAAUCCCAUAGUCUGCUGUAAGAAGAUGUGGCUGUUAUGUGUAUUCCAGUAUAGGGGAUAUGAUUAAGAUAAUGUUGACAAACCUUCUAAAAUCAGUCUAAAUAGUACGAACAGGAGUGUUUGAGGUUAUGUAGUACUUAUGCUGUAUUAUGGGGACACACACACACCAAAUGACUUGUUCUUCAUACACUAUGCAUGAGGUGGUCAGUUGACUGUACUAAGCCCACUUAGACUUUUUUGUAUGUUGCACAGGCUUCUUUUUAUCUGUUCUCCAUUGCUGGGUCCUGUUUCAUUUUAUUCCACACAGGUACAAUGAGAGAACUUUUUUCUAAAUUGCACUUUUGUAAUUUUCUGUAUGCUGUAACCUUUUUCAACUGUUGUAAUCAUGUGCGCAUGUAUUACUGUUUCUACAACAACAGUUAAAGUCAAAGGGCAAUAAGUCAGUAUUUUCUCCCAGGAUUCACAUAAACACACAAAUGUGGUAGAGACAUGGCUAACCUCCUGACCCCCAGCCCCUCAUUUUUGUCUACUCAGAGACAUAUUUGAAUUGCAUAGCCUACAAUGCUGAGUCAUAAGGACCUUAUGGAGGACAUUCAUUCAUGCUUUCAUAUAAUACCAUGUUUUUGGGUUGCUGUUUGGGCAGUUUCCUGAAAUAUAUGCAGAACUUUUUUGCUGGGUCUCAGGAGGAAACAGUCUUGAUCUGUGAGGGCGUUCUACAUCCUUUUAGAAAAAGAUCAAGGAAAAGUGCCUUUCAUGUGUGUAAGUGCUCUGCAGCUCUGGGUUUAUAGUCAAAUCCAAGCCCAGUCUCUGUUGAGUCUGUAUCCUCUACAUGAAACAUGAUACCAUGAUGCAGUUCUUCCAGUGAAAACUGUUGCCUGUUAUACUGAGAGCCCUGUGCAUCAUCAGACCGCUCGACUACCUAUAAUAAUCUCAGAAGGAUGUGUAUACCUACUAUAUCUAGUAUACAUAGUUUUAAUAUUGUAACAUGCACUACGAAACUUCAGCCGCUAGGAUUAUAAAAAUUAACCGUGAAAACAGUAAGCUGUUGAUUUAUACUAAUUUUCUAACA